GGUUGGGCGGUUUGAGGUGUAAAGAGAGGUUGAGUAGGCUGGGGCUGUUUUCCCUGGAGCGUUGGACACUGAGUCAACUCCUGCUGAAGAAAUGAUCAAUUCAUCUGCAAUUAAUGGCACGUGUCUUUUGGAUGAAACAUUUCUCACAAUAAUGAUGCCUCCAGCACUUACAAUCCUCUUUAUUUUUGCUGCAAGCUUGUACAGUCUUGCCCUAUGGACAUUCUGCUUUCAUGUAAAGAAAAAGGCUCCACUUAAUAUUUUGAUGCUGAAUCUUUGCAUCAGAGACCUACUUUUCUCACUGACCUAUCCUAUCGUAAUCACUUACUACAGUAAUAACAAUCAUUGGAUAUUUGGAAACUUUAUGUGCAAACUUCAAACAUUCCUCAUCUAUUUCAUCAUAUUGGCAAGCAUCUUCUUCCUAACCUGCAUUUGCAACUAUUGGUGUUACAUGAUUGUUAGACCUGUCCAUUCCCAGAACAGAAUUACAAAGAAACGGGCCAUUGUGCUUCGUGUCUUGAUCUGGUUGUUGGCUGGUGGGCUCAUGAGUCCAUCUUUUAGCAGAAUCAGUGUUUUUGAAAUGGAUGGUCAACUGCAUUGUAUGAGUUUUAAUCAACCAAAUGUUCAUAAGCAAUUCCACUCUUCCACAAUUGUAUUGUUUCUUCUGAGUUUUGUGAUUCCAUUUGUAUCCCUGUUUGUCUCCACGUUACUCAUCCACACGAAAUUGGCCAAUUCUACAUUAACAUCCCAAUCUCAAAAAGGUCAACGUGCUAUCAAGAUGGUCAUAAUAGUGUUGUGCAUCUUUGUUAUAUGUUUUCUACCUAUAAAUGCAAUGCAUCUCACCUUGUCCAUUGUGGAUCGCAGCAACUGCAAAAAUCAACAACAUCUUGGAGUACUUUACUACGCUGGUGUUCUAACCCUUUAUCUCAACAACGUCUUGGAUCCCAUUGUGUACUUUUACGCCGGCACUAAGUACAGGGCAAAGUUCAUCAGUUCCAUCAAAGGCUGUACCUUUUGUAAGUCGCUCCCUAUAACCAUCAGUAGUACUCAGUCUGACAGAGAGUCAAAAGGGUGA